UUCGACCUAUAGAGGAACAGCGCUGUAGAUUGUUUGUCAAUAUCUUCGAGUUAGUUGAUUUUUACCAAGUUUUAUGUGUAAAGCAACCGUUUUACAAUAACACAAAACAUAAAAAAGAUGUCUUGACUGUAAAUGUGUCAGAGUGUCUAGUGUAUGUGUAUAAGACAUACUGAUAAUACUGACAAGGAGAACAUCGUAUAUGUGGAAUAAUGCUACUUUUAUAUGCAAGUGAAGAAUUCCAUCUGUUUCAUUAGAGAAAAGAAUGUUUGGAACCUUUAUACCAUAAAUAGUAUUUGAACUUUCCACAAUUAAGAUUUUAUUAUUUAUACAUUGCCCGAUGGAUAUUUAAUAUAAGUUUUUGAAGUGGAAAAGCAAGCAUUUGUAAUACAAUAACAAAAAACGACGGAUAACCGUUACUGUGCAAAAAGUUCCAUAAAUUGGUACUUUUAAUCGAUAUACUUUAAAACAUGUACAUCAGAAUGUCACAACAAACAGAUAUGUAUGGCUUAUAUAGCAAAGAUGAAUACAUCCGACAAUUGUGUAUCUUGUUUAGUUGAUGCACAGAAUAUUAUCUUAGGCAAUUGUCCAUUUUCUUUAUUGCAUAUCUUUAUUCCUGCUCUUUUAGAGCAUUCUCAUUGUCAUAAAGUAUACAGUGUUCACAAAAUCACUUUUAAUGAGGCUGAAAGCACGUACAGGAAGGCUAACUCUCUUUUGAGAAGGUACAGUGUUUUACAACUGACUUUCAUGAACAAUGAACCAUUCGGGAAGUGGAAAACGUCAGGCGAAGGUUUUGGAAGAAAACUAUUGGGACUGCAGUGUUUGCACAUAUAGAAAUACAGCAGAAGCAUUUAAGUGCCUCAUGUGUGACGUCCGUAAAGGAACUUCUACGCGGAAACCCCGUAUUAAUCCCCAACUUGUGGCACAACAGGUUGCGCAACAACAAUAUGUACCACUUUUGAAACCUGGAAAGAAGGAAGGUGCAAGUGGGGGUAGUACAACUAGUAGCGGUAAAGAAAAAGAUCGUAAAUUGGACAAACCAAGGCGUAAAAAUAGGCACCCACCUCGUCUAAAAAAUAUAGAUCGUAGUACGGCUCAGACCAAUGAAGUGACAGUGAACAAUGUUACUGUCGUUAUUACCGAAUAUAAGCCCAAAGUAAAAAAAAGUUCAGAUCAAUCUGGUUUGUCUAGCAGUGCUUCUUCUGAAAAUGGAAGUCAGCAUGAUUCUAAUCAAGACUCCAGAAGUCUGGAUAUAGGAACAGAUGCUUAGCUCAGUGCUGUAACACAUAUGUGUAUGAAUUAAUCUAAUUAAUAUAUUAUAUCUGUCAAUCUCUAUGGACUAUGGUCCAUUCUGUAGACAAAAACAACCAUUUUGUCUAUAUGUUACAGGUUACGUAACAUUCAAUGAGGUCAGAUGUUUUAUGCUAUCAGUGGAAUCAUUAAAUUAUGUCUUCAGUAUAACAUAAGAAAUAUGUUGUAUAUUGUUGCUACAUACUGACAUAAAAAAAAAUUGUUUCAUAACAGUAAUCUUGACAUCUAAAAGCAACAACAAAAAUAAUUUUAUUUGUGCAACUUCGGAUAUUACGUAUUACUCUAUUUAUAUAAUAUUAAUUGUAACAAAUGCAUUAUAUGCCUUAAUAUGGCAAAUGGAAUUUGAUACACCCAUUGUUGACAUAACAAUGUCCACAUGACUUUCAUUGAAUCUAUGACGCCACUGCCAGAAAGCAUGUUGUAACAUUAUUGUUAAUUAGAAUAUUUUGACUCAUUUAUGUAUAAUAUGAGGUAUUUAUCUUGUUUAUUUAAUAAUUGCUGUGAAGAAGAACUAAGAAACUGGCAUUGGUACGUAUAUACCUUUAUCCCAUUCCAAAUUCGAUCUGUUCCAAGCUUUACACUUUAAUAGCAGUUAAUUUCACUAACACAGAAAUUUUUAAUUUAUAUAUAGAUAUACAUAAAAAGAUAUGCGAUUAAAUUACAUAACAUACUACAUAAUAUAAAUUGAAAUAGGUAUCACAUGGUUUAAUAUAUAUUUUAGAUAAUAUCUGAAUUUGUAACAAAAAAUUUUGUUAAUUUUGGUUGCUCACUAUUCUCGUUAUGAAACACGACAAAUGUAACUUUUAUGUACUUCUUAUAUUGCCUCCAUACUUUAAUAGUAUUAGGAUAUAUAGAUUCAAUGUAAUAUUACUCGAAAAUAUUUGACCAAUUUACUAAAUAUUAAUUUCUUUAUCUAGUAAAAUCACAAAUAUUGGAAGAAUGUUACAAAAGACUAUCAUUUUUCUAUUACUGGUACUACAGCAGAGCAUAAAAGCUGCAAAGCUAGCUCAUAUUAGUAACUGCCCAAUCACUUGUAACUGUGAUUUAUAGUUCUUUUUAUAUUUAUUUUUACAUAUUUUACGUUACCAGAUAAGAAAUAGCAUUAUCGAAUUGACUCAUACAAAAUUUAUUGUGACUAUAAGGACCAUAAACAAUAUGAUUAUUUCAUAAGUAAUGGAAAGAUAUUAACAUGCUAUACAACCAAUUCUUUUUAAAUCCAUGUAAAAUAUUUGUAUGCUAGUUAGACUGAACUAUAAAAUGUAACUUGUCAUUAAAGUUAAUAUUCUUUAUCAUAAACAUGAAAGUAAAUAAUACUUUUACAAACAUUUAUACAUAUUCAGGUACCAAAAAUUAUAUAAUCAUGCAAUGUUUUAAAGAGUUUAUAACAUAAAAAAAUGAAAUUGUAGCGGCUACUUCUCAAUUGUUUUUCAUAAAUGUCAUCAAUUUUAUAAACUUUACAAGAUGAAUGUAAAAUUUGCGUUUAAUAUUUGUAAAUUAAAUAUAUUCGUAAAUCAUUUUAAUUUACUUCAGAUAAAAAAUUAAAGAUAUUUUAAAUUAUAUUAUCAUUGUGAAGAUAAUGUAUUUUUAAUCCUUUUACAGUUACAGCAAAUGUUUUAUACUUUAUAAUGUACAACUUCAAAGUCCAUAUUUCCAACUACUGGAAUCGUUCAUUGAUUUAAAAAACGAUAUUUCUUUAAUAAUUUAGUAAAUAUUAUGAUAUUUCUACAUUGGAUCAAUACUAAUCAAAAAUUUGUACCAAUUGUCUUCAAUGUGUAAAAAUAUGUUAAAAUAAAAUUGGAUUUGUGUGUGUUGUAAAUUAUUAGAACAGAAUUACAUACUAUGUUGUACAGAUUGUAAAACUUUCGAAAAAUAUUGUUGAAAUUAACAAUAUAUUAUUACAAAGAAAAAAUAAAUUACACGUUUUAAGAAGAAAAAAUACAACUUUUAGUUUAGUCUUUCAAAUAUUUGUGUUCCUUUUAUUUAUGUCAAAACAAUAUACAAGUAAAAAGUAGCACAAG